CCCGCAAUUCAAUGAUUCAAUAAUCCCAAGCAAGCAAACACCACCCGAAACCAACCAUGGAGAAAUUUAAUUUCAGAACCCAGGUGUUGAUCAGGCACCUCCAACAAACCACCGCCACCGCCACCGCCGCGGCAAUUUCACGAUCGCCAUGCCUGAGCUACGCGCCGCCGGAGACUUCCGAACCGCCGUCUCCGUUCGACGUGAGUUCGAUGCGGAAGCUGAUGGACGGCCACAAUUUGGUCGAUCGGGACUGGGUUUUCAACCUAAUGAUUCAGAGCAAGCUCUUCAAUCCGAAGAUGAGAGGCGGAAAAGUGUUCGUGGUGCCGGAUUACAACCAGUCGAUGGAGCAGCAGAGGGAGAUCACGAUGAAGAGGAUUCAGUAUCUGUUGGAUCACGGCGUUUUCGACGGCUGGCUCACCGGUCGAGGGUUCGAAUCCGAGAUGAGGAAGCUCGCACUUUUGGAGGUUAUCGAGAUUUUCGACCACUCCCUUGCUAUCAAAAUUGGCGUCCACUUCUUUUUAUGGGGUGGUGCUAUACAGUUUUUUGGAACGAAAAGGCAUCACGAUAAGUGGCUGAGUGCAACAGAGAAUUACUUGAUCAAAGGCUGUUUUUCGAUGACUGAGUUAGGACAUGGAAGUAAUGUUCGAGGAAUUGAGACUGUAACGACAUACGAUUCGAAAUCCGGGGAGUUUGUCAUCAACACUCCGUGCGAAUCGGCUCAAAAGUACUGGAUUGGGGGUGCGGCAAAUCAUGCGACACACACAGUCGUCUUUUCGCAGCUCAACGUUGAUGGAAAAAACGAAGGUGUCCAUGCUUUCAUCACUCAGAUCAGAGAUGCAGAUGGAAAUAUAUGUCCCAAUAUUCGAAUCGCUGAUUGUGGACAUAAGAUUGGUUUGAAUGGUGUUGACAAUGGUCGAAUAUGGUUCGACAAUGUUCGAAUUCCUAGAGAAAAUUUAUUGAACUCGGUUGCAGAUGUUUCUCCCGAUGGAAAAUAUCUAAGUGCAAUAAAGGACCCCGAUCAGAGAUUUGGUGCGUUCAUGGCCCCACUGACAUCUGGGCGUGUCACCAUAGCUGCAAGUGCCGUUUACUCGGCAAAGAUCAGUUUAGCUAUUGCAAUAAGAUAUUCAUUGACGAGGAGGGCGUUUUCGAUUACACCAGAUAGUGCUGAGGUUCUUUUGCUUGAUUAUCCUAGUCAUCAGCACCGCCUUCUGCCUCUUCUUGCAAAGACAUAUGCUAUGAGCUUUGCUGCAAACCACUUGAAACUGCUGUACGUGAAGAGGACUCCACAGUUAAUAAAAACACUUCAUGUUGUUUCCAGUUCAUUCAAGGCUAUUCUGACGUGGCAUAACAUGCGAACUCUUCAGGAAUGUCGUGAGGCGUGCGGAGGACAAGGCCUCAAGACGGAAAAUCGUAUUGGCCAAUUGAAAGGUGAAUUUGACGUGCAAUCUACUUUUGAAGGAGACAACAAUGUUCUUAUGCAACAGGUUAGCAAAGCACUGUUAGGAGAGUAUUUGGCGGCAAAAAAGAGAAACAAACCAUUCAAAGAUUUGGGACUUGACCACAUGAAUAAAUCUUGCCCUACGAUUCCUUUGCAGCUCACAGCUUCCACAGUCAGGAGCGUUCAGUUUCAGAAUGAUAUAUUGUGCCUGCGAGAAAGAGAUCUAUUAAAUCACUUUGCUGCUCAAGUGUCUAAAUACCAAGCUCAGGGAGAAAGCAAAGAAUCUGCUGUUAUUGCGAGUUAUCGGCUAGCUGAAGAUUUGGGCAGAGCCUUUUCAGACCGUGCAAUUUUUCAGACUUUUGUAGAAGCUGAGAAUAAUGUGACAGAUGUACCCCUGAAGAAUAUAUUGAGUGUUUUGAGGUCGAUGUACGUUCUGGUAACAUUGGACGAAGAUGCUGCGUUUCUCCGAUACGGUUACUUAACAGUGGAGAAUGCUGAGACAGUGAGGAAAGAAGUUGCGAAUCUUUGUAGUGAAAUGAGACCGCAUGCACUAGCCUUGGUCACUUCUUUUGGAAUUCCCGAUGCUUUUCUCAGUCCCAUUGCUUUCGACUGGAUCGCAGCUAAUUCUUGGUCCCCGGAGCAAGACUAAGCUUAAUAAUCCUACGAUUUUCUUAAUUUCGAUUUUUAGUGGAUGAUAUAUAAUAAAGUUGUAAGAAUUUUGUUGUUUGUGUCUGAAUAAAGGGUAAGAUGCAUGGUGGUAAGUAAGCUCCCAGACUAUGAUAUGGCCUCUAUCUUUGUUGUUUGUAACACCUGUUCAUAAGACUUGAGGAAAUAAACAAAAUUCCAUCUUUUUUUUUCAGUU